GGAGGUGGGCGGGGCGCCUUUUAACAGGGGGGAGCUGGCGGAAUGGCGGUAGCCGUGGCGGUUCGGGGGUCGACGGCAGGGCGGCGCCUGUGGUUUAGGAUCUCUCGGAAGUUAAAUUUUUGCUGGCAUUCCUCAGCCUUCUUUUCAUCAUCAUCAGUGCCGACCACCAAACUCUUCAUUGAUGGCAAGUUUGUUGAGUCCAAAAGUAAUGAAUGGAUUGAUAUCCACAACCCAGCCACCAAUGAAGUGGUUGGCCGUGUUCCCAAAGCCACUCAGAGUGAGAUGGAAGCAGCAGUGGCUUCAUGCAAGAAAUCUUUACCAAAUUGGUCUGAGACAUCAAUUCUUAGUCGACAGCAAGUUUUCUUGCGAUACCAACAGCUUAUCAAGGAUAAUCUGAAAGAAAUUUCAAAACUGAUCACCUUGGAGCAAGGGAAGACCCUGGCAGAUGCUGAGGGAGAUGUCUUCCGAGGCCUCCAGGUUGUUGAACAUGCUUGUAGCAUAACAUCCCUUAUGUUGGGAGAAACCCUUCCUUCCAUCACUAAAGACAUGGACACUUACACUUACCGUUUGCCUCUGGGAGUGUGUGCUGGCAUUGCACCUUUCAAUUUCCCAGCUAUGAUUCCUCUUUGGAUGUUCCCCAUGGCUAUGGUGUGUGGAAACACUUUCUUGAUGAAACCUUCAGAACGUGUGCCUGGAGCCUUAAUGUUCCUUGCCAGGCUGCUGCAGGAUGCUGGUGCCCCUGAUGGAACACUGAACAUCAUUCAUGGGCAACAUGAAGCUGUGAAUUUUAUUUGUGACCAUCCUGAUAUUAAAGCCAUCAGCUUUGUGGGAUCUAAUAAAGCUGGAGAAUAUAUCUAUGAAAGGGGGUCUAAGCAUGGAAAGAGAGUACAAGCCAAUAUGGGAGCUAAGAACCAUGGAGUGGUGAUGCCAGAUGCCAAUAAGGAAAACACUCUGAACCAACUUGUUGGAGCAGCUUUUGGAGCAGCUGGGCAGCGGUGCAUGGCAUUAUCUACUGCCAUCCUGGUGGGGGAGGCACAGAAAUGGCUGCCAGAACUAGUGGAGAGAGCUAAGAAGCUGCGGGUUAAUGCAGGAGACCAACCUGGAGCUGAUCUGGGACCCCUGAUCAGCCCACAGGCCAAGGAGCGUGUCUGUAAACUGAUUGACAGUGGAGUGAAAGAAGGGGCCAGCCUUCUUCUUGAUGGACGAAAUAUCAGAGUGAAAGGUUUUGAAAAUGGCAAUUUUGUUGGGCCAACUAUCCUCAGUAAAGUCACGCCCAAUAUGACUUGCUAUACAGAAGAAAUCUUUGGACCAGUUCUAGUGGUUCUGGAAGCAGACAGUUUGGAUGAAGCCAUUGAGAUAAUAAAUAAGAAUCCCUAUGGGAAUGGAACAGCGAUCUUCACUACCAAUGGUGCCACAGCUAGGAAAUACUCCCAUCUUGUGGAUGUUGGGCAGAUUGGCGUGAACGUUCCUAUUCCAGUACCUUUGCCAAUGUUCUCGUUCACUGGCUCUCGUGGGUCCUUCAGGGGAGACACCAAUUUUUAUGGCAAGCAGGGUGUGCAGUUCUAUACACAACUGAAGACAAUCACUUCUCAGUGGAAAGAAGAAGAUGCCACUGUUGCCAGGCCUGCUGUCGUUAUGCCAACCAUGGGAAACUAAAAGCAACUGCUUAUACUUUCUGGGGUUGAAAUUGGAAGUAUUCUUUGCCUGCUGUGGUACAGGCCAUUCUUGGAUACUUCCUGCUGUCCUAAAAAUACAAAGACCUUAUAUGUCAGAUCUUUUGGUUUCAAAUCUACGUAAUUGCCCAGGACUGUUUAACGCAAAUCUAGAUUUUCCAGCUAUGAAUCAGCUAACUAAUUGUCUUCUUGUAAGCAAAUACAUUACAGUGAAUAAUUAGGUAAAAGGACAAGGUUCUUACAUGACACUAUUGAAAAACUGAUCUCUGUAUUUCAUGGAUGGUUAGUUAAGACGCAGUCCUCACAGUUGCUGCUUUUGCUAUGUUCACAUCUGGUGCGCAUUGUAGCUGUAAGAGUCUUAACUGAACUCUUAUGCCUCCUACCCAUGAAAUUCUCUGUGUAUAUCAGAGAACUUGGAUUUCUGGUAACAAGACUGAAGUAAAUAAUGGGAAAGAAAUCUGACUAGCUCUUCUAAGUAGUCUUCAGGAUUCUCACAAACUAUAACAGUGUGGUUUUGUGAGGAGUCAGCGAAUCCUCACUUGCAAUAGGAAUCUUAACUCCCAUCAUGCAUGAAAGAAAUACAGUAAUCCAAGAUUCUGAAUGAAGAUAUUUUCUGCUUUAUAUGGUAACAUGUCUAAAUAGUUUUAUAUUGAAUAUUAACGCUGGCUGGAUAGCUCAGUUAGUUAAAUAUCUGGCUGCAGAGCCAGAGGUUGGGAGUUUGAUUCCCCAAUAUGCCUC